AUGAUGUACCUUAUUAUUCCUCAUGGUUCAUCUAUUUAUUCAUAUAAUUUACAAUGUGCAUUUCCAAAUUUACCAAUGAGUGAAUUUAUAUUACUUUCAUAUAAUGGUGAUAAUAUAAUACCUUGUUUUGGACAAUUAUUUGAUGAUGAACCAUUACCUAUUGAUGGAUGGAUUUAUUUAGAUAAAAAUAAAGUAGGUUUUGGUGUCACACUUAAUAAGAUAAAUAUUUAUCGUCCUUAUAAUAGAGAUGAUCAAACAAAAUAA